GUAUACCGCCGCUGUCUCGAAUUACGAAAUAUUUUGUUACUUUUUAAUAUAAUUUGUUUUUGCAGACAAAAUAAAUUUAUAGCAUGACUGCCAAAAUAAGAAGUACGCAAUGGCUUUUAAGAAACAUAUUGGUGAAUAUAAACAUUAACUUAAAUAAUAAAAUCCACACGUCGCAAAGUCUUCGUUGUUAUGCGUUAAAAGAGAGUAUGAGCUCUAAGUCUACAGUAGAUCAAAGUGAUGUUGAUCUUCACACAAAAGAAACAAAAGAGUGGUGGAAUGUCAAUGGACCUAUGAAGGCUUUACACUCUUUUAACUUAAUAAGGGUACCAUUUGUCAGAGAUGGUCUAAUUAUGAAUGAGUCCAGUCAGAGAUGUAGUGAACCACUUAAGAAUAAACAAAUACUAGAUGUCGGUUGCGGAGGAGGUAUAUUGUCAGAGCCUUUAGCCAGACUCGGUGCACAUGUAACAGGUGUCGAUGCUAGCAAUGAUUUAAUAGAAUAUGCGAGAAAACACAGUCAAGCUGACGCAAAGCUAAUAUGUAAUCAACCAACUUAUAUCUGCACGAGUAUUGAGGACCAUGCAACAGAAAACGAAAACAAAUAUGAUGGUGUAGUGGCAUCAGAAAUUGUCGAGCAUGUCAACAAUAAAGAUGUUUUCGUUCAAUCUUGUAUAAAAGUGCUAAAGCCAGGCGGACGCAUAUUUUUUACAACACCAAGUAAAACUAAAUGUGCCGAAUUCGCAGUGAUAUUUAUGGCUGAAAAUAUAUUUAAGAUCACCCCAAAAGGAACACAUGACAUUGAGAAAUUUAUUACGGCUAAUGAUCUUACGUUAUUACUUGAAAGAAAUAAUUGUCACGUGGAAAUUAUUUACGGGAUCUUCUACAAUUUGUUGACAAACACCUGGUCAUGGUCUAACUAUACAGUAUUUUUAUACGCAUUACAAGCUAGAAAACUGGUAAAUGCGUAGAACUGUCGCUGUUAACUAGUCAUAACGAGAUGUCCGCGUAUGCAAGUGGGAAAAUGUAGUCAUAAACAUUAUUAUUUUGCAUGAAGAAAAGAAAUUACAGACGGGAGCAUAUCAAGCUUACUAUACAUUAACGGAUCUUGUUCCGUUGCACUGGAUGCGAUAUUCGAACAAAAGUGUUAUAUAGCUUGAUAUUCGAAAAUGUUCUCUUAUUCAUUUGUUCCAGAAGGGAUGAAUGUACAUAUAUUCGGACUACCUACCUAUGCCGAGGCAGACCGAACUGGUGAAUUA